AGGGAAGCAGUGGCAUGGGGCGGGCCACAAAUCGACGCCCCACAAGACGAAAGCAGCAGCAACACCACCACCACCACAAAAAGAAUCGAGUCUUUGUGUCCACUGUGAGGCGAGGGAGCGGCGCGGAACAAGUAAUUAAAUUGACACGAAGCCACGGAAUCGGCACACGCCCUCGUUCUUCCACGCUUACGACCGCAGCCACCCGUACGGUAUCAACCAGAAUUCUUCUUUAUGGUCCAUGGUAAUCCGCCGCUCGACGGUGGAUCUGGAAUCGGGAUCGGCGCCGCCGCCGGUGGCAUCUUCUCGGUUCACCACCGCCAGCAGCAGAGUAGGAACCUGGGCGUGGCGGUCCCGGGCCUCGUCGGCUACCCGGCCGUCAUGUCGUCCGAGGACGCCGCCAAGAAGGUCCGCAAGCCCUACACCGUAACCAAGUCCAGGGAGAGCUGGACUGAGCAAGAGCACGACAAGUUCAUCGAGGCUCUCCAGCUUUUCGAUCGUGAUUGGAAAAAAAUAGAAGCAUUCGUUGGCUCAAAGACAGUUAUCCAGAUAAGGAGUCAUGCACAGAAGUACUUUUUAAAGGUUCAAAAGAAUGGAACUGGUGCACAUGUCCCACCCCCUCGGCCCAAGCGUAAAGCAGCUCAUCCAUAUCCACAGAAAGCCUCUAAAAAUGUUCCUCUGCUAGUUCACCCAAGUACAUUGCAAGCUUCAUUUUUGCUUGAACAAGGCUAUGGUCAUGGGGCAGAUUCAUCUACAAAGUCUAGAAACUCCUUUGCAGAUAAUAAAAGGUCUAGAGGAGCUAUUGUAGUUGAUAAUUGCCAUUCAAAUAGCACUAAAAGCCCUCGUGGAUCUCAGCCAAAUUAUGAGGAUAACGAUAAAGCGAACCAAAUCUCAUCACAUAAUGUUAUGCCAGACUUCGUUCAGAUAUACAACUUUUUAGGCAGCGUUUUUGAUCCAAGCACAAGUUGUCAUUUACAGAAGCUAAAAGAGAUGGACCCUCUUGAUGUUCAAACGGUUUUACUGUUAAUGAGAAAUCUCUCCAUCAAUUUGACUAAUCCUGAUUUUGAAGACCAUAUAAGGUUACUUGUGUAUGAUUCUGACCUAGUAGAAUUUAAAGCAGCCAGUGCUGACAAGUUACUUAUCACCAAGUAACAUUUGUAAUUCUCUAUACAUGGUGAAAGGUAAAUGAUGGUUUGAUUACCAAACCUUUCACAUAGAAAGAUGUUUGACCGUCUAUACUUUUCUCAAGGGAGAAUUAUUAGCUCUGCAGUCGACAAAGUGGAACUGUAGGUUUGAUUCCACAGACAAAGCCUUGCUAUUGGUGUAUAUAAACAAUCACAUCGGAAGUGGUUAUGGUGAUGUUCCUCUGCUUCACAUUCCAACGUCUGGAGGCCUCACUACUAUGUUAUCAGCAUCAGUUCUUGUAACAUUGGCAAAGAUCUAGCUCAUGGAAUUGUUUGUGAAAUGCCUUCUGUGAAGUCUACUCUCGUUAUUCCCAAGUUCACAGCCAUCUGAGCCAUACUGCAAAUUCUUGACAGGGCUGUUCCUGAGAUGAAUCACAACUACUGAUGCUUAUAAUAGAUAAUGUUGCAAGUUAAAUCCAAACCAUUUCUGUUUUUAAGGGAAGAAAUGUCUCAUUCUCA